AAGAGAAACAUGGAAAAUGAUACAGAGCUGGGAGGGGGCAGAGAGAGAUUUUUAUUGGAAGCUGUUAAAGUGGUUGCUAUGAGACAUUCUCCAGCUAACACAGGCAAAGCAGUGAGUAGCUUUUAAAGUUGUUUAAGAUCAGAGGCAGCAUCUGCAAGUUGCUUUUUCUUCCCUUUUUCUCUCUUCUUCUGCCUCGUGCAAGAUGGAGUUAGAAAAUGAAAUCAGCUCCUCCAACAAUUCUUCAGCAGGCUCCAGAGAGUACAAGGUGGUGAUGCUAGGAGCAGGGGGAGUUGGCAAAAGCGCAAUGACAAUGCAGUUCAUAAGCCAUCGGUUCCCUGACUAUCAUGAUCCAACUAUUGAGGAUGCCUAUAAAACUCAAGUCCGAAUUGAUGAUGAACCAGCUUAUUUGGACAUUCUAGACACUGCUGGACAGGCAGAAUUCACAGCCAUGAGGGACCAAUACAUGCGAGGUGGAGAAGGUUUCAUUAUCUGCUAUUCCAUCACAGACCGUCAAUCUUUUCAAGAAGCUGCUGAGUUUAAGGAACUCAUUUAUUGUGUUCGGCACACCUAUGACAUCCCCUUGGUGCUGGUGGGGAACAAAACGGAUCUUGAAGAGUUUAGACAGGUUUCAACCGAAGAAGGAAUGAACUUAGCCAGAGAAUAUUCUUGCUCCUUUUUUGAGACUUCAGCGGCCCUUCGCUUCUAUAUUGAUGAUGUGUUUCAUGGACUAGUGAGGGAAAUUCGAAGGAAAGAGUCCUCACUGACUGUGGCAGAGAAGAAGAUGAAGAGGAAGGAUAGUCUGUGGCGGAAGCUGAAAGGUUCACUGAGGAAGAAAAAGGAAAGCACAACUUGAUGGAAAUUCUUCAUUAGUCACCCCUCAGGAGCUGUCCACAGCAACCUACAACUGUUCAAAAAAUGCAACAUUAGCACAGAAUCUUCCAGAGCAGAUCCUGGAGUUCUGUCCCUUCAGCACUCAUGCAGAAGCAGUAGCUCCUUGAAGGCCCAGCUCACGUCACCCUGUGGCUCCUCUGUAUUAUAGAUCAAGUCGCUUAGUAUACCCUCUCAAUCCUUCUCCCCAAAUCUGAGCAGAGAAAAUACUGUUUUCCAUGUGGUCCCUGGAUGGUCUUCUUUCUCUGUGGUCCCUGGCUAGGAUUUAAGCUAGCAGCCAGUGCAGAUCCAGCUACCACCAAGUCUAGAACAAGGGAUGUGUCUAUCACCUCUUCUCUUUGUGUGCAUGAAUCAUUUCACCAUCCCAGGAAUGAGAAACAUCUAUUUCAGUGGACAUUUGGACAGGGGAAAGAGUUUAGGAUUUGACCUCCAGCUUUUCAUUCACUUGUAGUUUUAGGAUUAGAUUGUCCUCAGCCCAUGUGUGCGUAUGAAAUGGGACUAGAAUUCUGCAGGUUCACAAUUUUGCCUCUCUUAGAGACCCACCAUGACUGUUCUUUCCAUUUAUCAGGAAGGGUUGGCAAGAACAGCAUAACUCCCACAUUAGACAACCAGAAGGCUGCAGGACUACAGCUCUGUCUCCUCUUCAUAAAACUAAUCACAACUGGAAAGCAGAGGUACAUCUUCCUGCAGACAUGCAGUGAACUGACCACACAUCAGCAGCAUACAAAGGAGUACCAAAAAAACUCCACUGUCAGAUACUUCCCAGAGCCUUCCCUAGAACAGCACAGACCUGUUCCGUGGUAACAUCUGGAAUACAGCAUUCAGUCUUCAACUUACUAUUCCUUGACCAUUGAAGUGAAUCAUUUGAUUGAUCAAAUGGAAGAGUCUUUUAAAUAUUCGUUUUAAAAGCUGGCAUGAAAUAGAAUAUAGUCUCAUUGAUUUUUUUUUUCCUACACUUCUUUAAAUAUUGAAUUUAUUUAUAAAUUUUACAAUUUAAUUGUGCAUACAUUUUGUUGAAGAAUAAAGAUCUUGAAUUCCAUUAAGCCAA